AUGGAUUGGUCGCAGAGCCAGCGCUUGCAAGUCAGGUACGGGGAAGACGGCGAGCGAUUCCUCGUAGAGCACAUGCCCGCAGAUCACAGCUGCGGUUUCCAUGGAAUUGGCAUUGACCGACGAACAGCUGCGGCACUCCUGCUGCAAAGUUUAAGUGAUCCAGAAGUGAAGGAUUUCUUGGCAUCAGAUCUACUCGCUGCCAUCCAGACAGGAGAGAGAUCUUCUUUUCCUCGCGAGCUUCGCCACGACACAGAUCUUUGGAGACACCUCGCCGACUACUAUCGCUGCCAGGAGGAUUUGGAUCACAGACACCGCGAGGCAAGAUCCUUUCUUCAAGAUGUGGGCGCUUCUGCCUUUGUUCAGGGAGCCGUAGAAAGACUCGGUCUGGUGGCGGCCUUGAGACUUUUCUUCAAUGAGCUGAAGGAGAAGGCUGCUUCCCUCCCAAGUGGCCGCGAAAAGCUUCUCGCGUUUCAGCUGCUGGCGCAGUGCAAAUCGCAGGAAAAGGAGGCGGCCGCAACUGCUGCUGCGACAGCGCAGGCGCUGGAAAGACUGCGACAGCAAUGUGGCAGAUGCAUUUUCGCGUAUGUCUCAUGGGUCGGAAGUGACGACACCUUCUGGCUUUCCUUUCUUCGUGGUUGCGGCAGACCGGGGCCGAACGGCCCUCAACAAUCUGGCGGACUGCUAGAUGCCGUCGCAAAGGUCGCAGGUCUCACCAUCCGAGUUUGGGCUGAAGGUCGCCAGGCCCCACGGUUGUCAUUGCUGCAUGAAGCACGAUUUGGCAGCCGCCUGGUGAACCUUUGGUACCAAAAUGAGCUCGGGCACUUUGAUCGCUUACAUCUGCUUGAAGCAGAUUUGCUCUUGACGUUCUAUCAUGCCCACCGCCGGCAUGGAUCAAGCGGAGGCCCGAGCUUCUGCGAGCUGCCUGCAGAGCUGGUCGAGUAUCUGGAGCCAUGGGAGAAAGCGGCGAAGAAGUCCAUGCCGGAGCUACAGCCAGGGCCAGAGCUCCUCUCGUGCCUGCGCGCCGUGCAGCAGGUUCUUCGAAGCGCUUGUGUGGCAGUCGAGCGCGAAGUGGCCGUAACAGAGCGUCCAUGGCAGGACUUCAGCGCAGCCUGGGAUACCUACCAGAGCGACCUGCUGCGAGGUGCUUCUUCGGGCUGCAAGCAUCCCCGCAUGCUUGCCGCCGUGCUCCCUGGCGUGUCUGAACAAUUUUCGAUGCUGGCCAGAGAGAGUCCAUCGAGGCGGUGGCUGUAUUCCUUUCAGAGCACAUGGCGCAUGGCAUUGAAGUUCCUCGAGUUCUUGCAGGUCAUGUCAUUGGAUGGCUUUGACUGGAUGUCAGACGUCGCGUAUGGUCUUCAUCGACGAGCUUUCCGGAAGGAAGGCCAAAAAUUUGUGCCCUGGGCCUCAGUGGCCAGGGCAGCUCCGUCUUUCAAGGUGGCAGGACUCGCCGGAGCGUGGAGCGCAGGCGACGGGGCUUUUCGUGGUGCGGCGCUGCGCCACGAUCUGCCUGCAAAUCAAGUCGUGGAUGCGGCCGUGCGAAGCCGCAAGGCCAAUUUGCCCUUUCGCAUGGUGGAAGUUGGCGUGUUCAAGGGCAACCUGACACAGCACGUCUGGCACCGAGCAGCACGGCGUCCAGGUGCCUUUGAACUUCACCUGGUCGACCACUGGGGGGCCGCCGAUCGGCCAAUGGGUGUGGCCAGCAAGGCCGUGGGCACCGGCUCUGACAUGGGUGGCCAAAGUAACGCUUCCCUUAUGCGCUCCGUGUGGCGAUCCUUCGGGCGCCGUGGAGCUCGGAGGAUGGAGGUCCCACACUGGCAAGGCUCGAAACAGGCCUGCGCCGCAUUGAAUGAAGCCAAAGCGCGCUUCCGUGCUGAUGUGGUCUUCCACCGCAGCACAAGCGUUGGCCCGUCGAGGUGUUUCGAGGACGAUAGCCUCGACCUUGUCUACAUUGAUGCUGAUCACAAGUGGUGGAGCGUUUUGCAAGAUUUGAGCGCCUGGUGGCCCAAAGUCCGGCCCGGUGGACUCAUGAUGGGACAUGACUUCCAUUUCAACACGCUGAUGGAGCGGGAAGAGCUGGCUGGAGGCAGCAUCAACGAUGUGCCCAUCGCAGUCGGUGCUUUCUUCCGUGCGCCAUUGCAAGUGUUGUUACACAGUGGAUUCGUGUGGUCAGUCCAGAAGCCGACAAAUUUCGCGACGAAUGUUUCCGAGGUCGCUCUGCAGCGACAGGAGCUGUGUGAUUUGCUGCGCAGUCGGCUGAAGCCCCACGCCACCUUCGAGAUAUGCGCCUUGAAAGCGUGA